UUAGAGGUAAAAUGUCCAGCGUUGGGUUUUAUGAAAAACCCUAACAAGAAAACAUCGAAUCGAAGAAAUAAGUUUGGUGGUUCCAUCAGUUGGAGCAUGAACCUCUAGUUCAAUGGCUAUGUUUCUAAAACGUUCCUUCUCCUACAGAAAUUUCAUCAUUCUCCGAAAUUUUGCUAAUCAAACUUGUAACUUUUCCUUCUCUCUCAACCAUUUCUCCAACUCAUGGACCUCCGACACCUCUGCCGGAUUUGCACUUCCUCCUUCAGAUUUCAUCCGAGAGAGUCGUCGGGGUUUUGCUAAAGGCCGAAAAUCAAAUGAAUCUUCUACAAGUAUUGCUGAGGCAUUGACUGAUAUUAGACCCACGAUUAAAUCAAACGCUAGCUCGCAAAUGGAGGCUUCGAUAGUUGCAUUAUCAGGAGAAUUAAGCAAGCUUCGAACGGGCAGGGCAUCAUCUGGAAUGCUUGACCACAUUAUAGUAGAAACUUCAGGUGUGAAGCUGCCGUUGAAUCAGAUUGCGGCUGUAUCGGUCUUGGAUUCAAAAACAUUGUCAAUAAAUCCUUAUGAUCCCAGUACACUAAAGAAUUUAGAGAGUGCUAUAAUCUCAUCUCCUUUAGGUGUUGCACCAAGAGUAGACGGAGAGAGGUUAAUUGCAGUAAUUCCACCAUUGACCAAAGAACAUAUCCAGGCUAUGUGUAAGCUGGUCACCAAGUGUUGCGAAGAUUCCAGACAAAGUAUACGACGAGCUCGUCAAAAGGCCAUGGAUACAGUUAAAAAGAUUAGCUCAAGCUACCCGAAGGAUGACAUGAAAAGACUGGAAAAGGAAGUUGAUGAAUUGACUAAGAAGUUUAUCAAGUCAGCCGAAGAACUCUGCAAGGCAAAGGAGAAGGAGAUCACUGGAGGUUAAAAAAAAUUAUAGUUCCCAAUUUUGACAGAUGAGUCAUUCUAAUAACUUGUUGGAUAUUUGUUUCUAAACUUUAGCCGUCCCAUUAUAGAGCUUUUUAUAAUCAUAGCGAGGGAUGUAACAGUGGAUGUUGAAAUGGUCAUUUCUCGUCAGCAAGCUCUGGUUCAGUAUUUACCAUUUCAAUUUUCAAUCCUUUUCAACUUUGAUUCUUUGUAAUGUAGGAAGCUAUGAACUUGAAACCUCUACGAAAUCAAAUUCUCCGGAGUUGGAUCUCUCAGUUUGUAGAA